AUUGCGUGAGAGGUUAUGUUUACUGCAUAAUUUUGUCGAGUCAGAAUACAAAGAUAAAUAGUUUGCAGUGUAAUAGUAAUUCAAUCACUAUUCAUAUUUCCAACGAAAUACUAAAAAAAUGUUAGUGACAUUAAAAACGUUACAACAGCUUACUUUUCAAAUAGAAAUCGACCCAGAGGAAACUGUCAAAGCCCUCAAGCUCAAAAUUGAAGUCGAGAAGGGAAAAUUCUACGCUGCUGAUCAUCAAAGAUUAAUUUAUGCAGGAAAGAUUCUUCUCGAUGAUAAUAAGAUAAGUACAUAUAAUAUAGACGAGAAGAAAUUUAUUGUUAUCAUGGUCACUAAACCUAAAGCAUCAGAAAUACAAGCUACGUCUACCUCUGCACCUGAAGCUGGUGAAAGCGCUUCCACUGAAAGUGGCGAUGGCCAAGAUAAAAAACCUGAAGAGACCCCGAAACCUACGCCCGCUACAGAACCGGAACGCUCAGCAGAGCCAGCUGUGACUGCCAAUGAACUUGACUUUGAAGCAACAGUUCAAAGCAUAAUGGAUAUGGGCUACAAUCGACAGCAAGUAGAGCAAGCUUUAAGAGCGUCAUUUAACAACAGAGAGAGAGCAGUGGAAUAUUUAAUAACUGGGAUACCUGAAGAGCUUCUGCAGGAACAAGAAGUUGAAGAAGGUACUGAUGAUGAUCCUUUAGCUUUUCUGCGUGAUCAGCCACAGUUUCAACAAAUGCGAGCAGUUAUUCAACAGAAUCCUAACUUAUUGAAUGCAAUUUUACAACAAAUUGGUCAAACUAAUCCUGCACUUCUACAAGCAAUCAGUCAGCAUCAACAAGCUUUUGUUAGAAUGCUAAACGAGCCUGCAAAUCCAUCAAGUGGUGCAACAGCUACUGAAGACAGCGCAGUGGAACCACAGCAGCCACAACCGCCCCAAAACGUUAUUCAAGUUUCACCUCAAGACAAAGAAGCUAUUGAACGAUUAAAAGCUCUUGGGUUUCCUGAGCAUAUGGUUAUUCAAGCAUAUUUUGCCUGUGAAAAGAAUGAAAACCUUGCAGCAAAUUUUUUGCUUUCACAAAAUUUUGAUGAUUAAAAGUAAUUUACUCAUAUACACUAAUUGUUAUAGUGCAGAGACAAAAUUAUAAAUUCUAAUUAACAUACAAAAUUUGUGUUUCUCAUUUUGGUCUUAUGUCAAUAGCCUAACUGCUUUUUUGUUUCAUGUUUUUUUACACUGGAUUAAACAAUUUGUCAUUACAAAG